AUGGCAGAGGCCGGGGCCCUGCCCACAGGCUUCAGCGAGCUCGAGGUGCUGGCUGUAGGAGUGGUGCUGCUGGUGGAAGCUCUCUCCGGUCUCAGCCUCAAUAGCCUGACCAUCUUCUCUUUCUGCAAGACCCCAGAGCUGCGGACUCCCUGCCACCUGCUGGUGCUGAGCGUGUCUCUUGCGGACAGUGGGAUCAGCCUGAAUGCCCUCGUUGCAGCCACAUCCAGCCUCCUCCGUGUCUCCCACAGGCGCUGGCCCUACGGAUCAGACGGCUGCCAGGCUCAUGGCUUUCAGGGCUUUGUGACCUCAUUGGCCAGCAUCUGCGGCAGCGCAGCCAUCGCCUGGGGGCGCUAUCACCACUACUGCACUCGCAGCCAGCUGUCAUGGAGCACGGCCAUCUCCCUGGUGCUCUUCGUGUGGCUGUCUUCUACCUUCUGGUCAGCCCUGCCCCUCCUGGGUUGGGGCCACUAUGACUAUGAGCCGCUGGGGACCUGCUGCACCCUGGACUACUCCAAGGGGGACAGGAACUUCAUCAGCUUCCUCUUCGCCCUGGCUUUUUUCAACUUCUUCAUGCCCUUCUUCAUCACGCUCACAUCCUACCGGCUCAUGGAGCAGAAACUCAAGAAGAGUGGCCAUCUCCAGGUGAACACCACUCUGCCAGUCAGGACGCUGCUGCUCGGCUGGGGUCCCUAUGCCCUCCUGUAUCUAUAUGCGGCCAUCGCUGAUGUGACUUCCAUCUCCCCCAAACUGCAGAUGGUGCCCGCCCUUGUUGCCAAAAUGGUGCCCACGAUCAACGCCAUCAACUAUGCCCUGGGCAGUGAGACGGUCCGCAGGGGAAUCUGGCAGUGCCUCUCACCACAGAGGAGCGAGCGGGACCGAACCCAGUAGCCUGUCGCCCUGGACAGA